AUGAGAGGCGGCAGUGGUUGUGCAGGUACAGGCGGAGGCGGCUGCGCGACGAUUCUCCGGUGGCCGGAAGGUGGGCGAGAACGGAUGGAUGUGGCGGAAGGCGGCGGCGAUGUGGUGGUCGAACUGCUGGGCUCCGUCUCUCGCCCACCUCCUCCUUCACUUCUCCCCAUUCUCUCUCUCUCCCCGUCACCCUUCGCCUCCACAGUUCCGUCCUUCUCCUCCACAGUUCCGUCCUUCUCCCCCGCUAGCCACCUCGUCGUGACCUCCGGCCAGCCUGAACAAAUAUCCAUCAACAUAGUCUCUGAUACCCCAAUUUUCGACGACGGAUUUGUCUUCGUCUACGCAAUUGACGGUUUCUUCCACCUGAAAUUCACUCUAGCAGUUGCAGAUCCGGCCAACCCGAACCCUAGAUCCGAUUCCCAUUGCCUGAAUUAA